ACACCAGUUCAGCAGUUCUAAACAUACCAAUUAGCCUCUUAUUUUCAUCUCCAUCCAACUAUUACUUGUUGUUGUAGGAAAAAAUGAAGCUCGUCUUCGCUACCUUCAUGCUUGUUUGCCUUGUUCUUGGCUCCUCUGUGUUUGAGACCACAAUGGCUGGUUCACCUUUCUGUGACUCAAAGUGUGGGGUGAGAUGUUCGAAAGCUGGAUACAAGGAGCGGUGCUUGAAGUACUGUGGAAUCUGCUGCAGUAAAUGCAACUGUGUUCCUUCUGGGACUUACGGAAACAAGGACGAAUGCCCUUGCUACAGAGACCUCAAAAACUCCAAGGGCAACCCCAAGUGCCCUUGAUUAUAUCACUGAAAACUUCAUCCAUGGCGGUUGCUAUAUUUCUUCUCUGUGGAGCUGGUAUAUUUAUAUAUGUACUCAUCGAUUACUCGAAUUCUUGAAAUAAAAAUAUUAACAAAAGUUGAUAUCAACGGAUUUCACCUGUUCAUGUCCACAUAGAAGUGAUAGAACUAUGUAUGUAGUUUAAUUAUUUCCUUCUAAUCGUGAGUGAGCAGAGGUCCGUUCUGUUAUUAUAUGUAAUGAUUUUCACUGUUUCAGACAGUAUAUAUUUCUUUACUUUUUCAU